CCUGUGUGACCUGGCGUAAUGAGGAGCCAAUCAGAGCGCGUUCCAGACAGCAAAUAGCGAUCAGGUCCGACCUCGGUCAUAAUUAAUAGACUUGUGUAUCCUAUAGCACAUCGACGCGGCAGCAUCAGUAGCUCAAUUCUCUGUAAAGACAGAUAUGGCCAACCUUGUCUUCCUCCUCGUAGCCGCCGUUGUGUGCGUAAGCGCCGACCCUAUCGUCAAGAGACACGCUUCUCCGUGUGGUUUCGGAGCAUGCAUGCCCGCCGCUCCCAUGUGUAUGCAGCAGUGCCCAACACCAAUGUGCUGCGCACCACCCCCACCCCCACCACAGAUGAUCCACCACGUGACCACUGAGCACCACCACAUCGUCCACCACCAGGCACCCCAGGCUCCACCCAUGGCUGCCCCACCCAUGCCCGCCCCACCACCAGCCACCGUCCAAAGCCAGCAGCACGUUUGGGAGUACGUGCCCCCACCACCAUGUGCCCCACCCUGUAUGCCCGCCAUGCCCAUGGCCAUGCCCAUGCCUGCCCCCAUGCCCAUGCCCAUGCCAAUGUCCUUCCCCGCCCCCAUGCCAAUGGCUGGCCAAUGCGCCCCUGCCUGUGCCGCCGCACCCCCCGCUGCCUGCCCACAGAACUGUGCACCCUCAUGCUGCAAGAAGAGCAACCAAUAAGAAGUCUUCUUACUUCGCCAACUAACAUGAACAUCAAGAUCAAGACAGCAGCCUUGUGGCUGUAAGCGGAGGGCAGAGGAGUGUGUAUAUUGGCUUGUGCGAGCACAAGACGGUCAUUCCAUGCGAUUUCAGUAUGGGCUUUUGUAGAAUAUCUACUGUAUUCUAAUCAACUGUUGUGAUUCGCUGCGAUUGAGUAGCGACGAACACUUCGUUAGUUAUUGUGUUGGAUACUUGUAAAGAUUCAAUUUUACACCAGUAAAGUUGUUAGUGUGUUAAAUUUGAA